UUUAGCCGGGUGGUGCACCUGCUAAAUAGGUCCUGGGGGAAAAACACUACUACUGUAUGUGUCUGCUUUUAUGCACAAUGUGUCCCCUUGUUAAUUACAGUUUUCUGUGUUUCCUGUAGGUUUCUGCACCUGGCUGUCAUUCACUGUAUGCCGCAUAUUGCACUUUAUUUCACUUCUCUGCUUCCUAAAGAAAUCCUGGAUAUUCAGAAUGAUCUAUACCAGACAGCCCUACAUCUGGCAGUGUAUCUGAACCAGGUGAAGGUGGUUCAGGCACUGGUUUGGAAAGGAGCCAACCUAGAGUUGCAGGACAGGAGGGGAGACACCGCUCUUCAUGUGGCCUGCGAGAACCAAUAUUUAGACUGUGCCAGGAGCCUCCUGCAAGGGCCCAACGGUCCCCAGAACUUGCAGCUCCAGAACUGGAAAGGUCGGACCUGUCUGCACAUUGCCACCCUGGCGAGAGACAAGUCUCUGAUAUCGCUGCUUCUGCAGAGUGGAGCAGAAAUAAAUGUCCAGGAGGGCACCAGUGGCAAAACAUCCCUGCACAUGGCUGUAGAAAUGCUGGACCCCAAUGUGCUCGUACACCUGCUGCAGUAUCGCCCUCAAGUGGAUGCUGUCAUGUUUAAUGGUUGUACCCCACUCCACCUGGCUGUGGGCAGAAAAGAUGCUGGUCUUGCUCGGAUUCUGUGCCAGGCUGGGGCUGACACACUGCAGAGAAACAGAGAGGGGGACACCCCCCAGGAUCUGGCUGAGGGGAAUAACCAGCUUCUUGCUCUUUUGCCAUUUGAUGACCUGAAGAUUUCAGGAAAACCAGUAGUGACUUCUGCGUAACUUUGUACUUUGGACAGGUUGAGCCCUAACCUGUGAGUGCUUAGCAUAGUUCUCUUUAGCCUUUUUUUAUUGUUGUUGUGGGCUGCCUCGUGUGGCUGGCUAGUCCAUUACACACUGAUGAACCAACCCUGGGAGUCACAUGAUACAGAGGAUCCCAGUGUCCUUUGUGCUAAGGGAGAACAGGAACAAAUGACAUUAACACUGGACUAAGCAGAUUGGUCACAUUGCAAGAAGCAUUGAGGGGACUGUGGCACAAGUUGAAGGAUAAAAUAUCUGAUUACAUUUGUGAGGUGAAGUAUGUCUGGUCAGUGUUUUUUUUUUGUAGCUAUGAGAUUUCAGGGUAGCAGUGACCUUUCUAUGUGCUCAGCAGCAAUACAUCUUUUUAUGGUUUUACUGUAAUUAGAGGUGAGUAAUUGUUGUAAUCUCUGUGGUGCCCCUAUCGGAUGGGGUGUUGCCCGCACAGAAGCACUUAUGGGGCAGGCAUUAAUCCCUGCUGUACCAUCCUGUAAGAUAUUACAGUUGCACCAUGGAAGAACAGGGAUAGUGCUACUAAAGACUCGCGCCUUCCUCUCCACCAACUCUCCUCGUCUUUCUCCGCUGUCCCCCUUUCUAUUCUUUCUUCACAUCUUUGUCCAGCUGAUUCCCCUUUCACUCUGUUUUAGGCCUCUUCUGCCACAUUCAGCAUUUCCGCUCUUUCUCGUCUAAUCGCAUUUCUGUCUCACUCCCCCCCCCAUGUUUCCGCCCGCUGUCACUGUCCUGUUUUUCACCCAGAAGCUUGGCACCUCAUUCUCCCUUUUCAGUAGUGUGUGGUGUUUGCGUGUUACACAUAUGCAAUGUAAAAUAGAUCAUUAAAAUGUAAUCACCCAUAUUCACUGUAUUUGGGACUUUGUUUCCUUCCCCACUCUGGAUCCUACACUAGUACUGAGCUGUAGCUGUUAGUUUCAUAGCUACAGACACAAGAGUCUGCAAAUGGGGUCUAUUCCUGACUACUGAAAGAGUUGUAUACAGUCACUUUGCUCUGGUUUCACAUUCAUUGAGCUAACUGGUUACCUGUGGUUUUCUAGUGACUGCUCAGCAUAAACGCUUGUAAUAUUUUUAUUUAAAUAAUUUAAUUUCUAAUUCAUGAACUUGAUGUCUUAAACUCUCACUGGCCUCUAUUGAACUGUAUAUUUUAGCUAUUCAUGCAUUUUGGGUUUUUUUCUUCUUUCAAUAUUGAAUUUUUCCUACAGUUCCUAUAUUAAUAAAUACAUUAAUUUUGUUCUUUAAUAAAAAAUAAUGUAUACAACUCAAUCACGGUUUUCUGAAGCAUGUACAGAAGAUAUAAUCUGCUAUGAUUGUAGUUUUAUGUUCAGUGUUUAUAAAAUGUACAUUAUAAAAAUACUCGAUUUAUAAAUGAAAUUAUUUGUAUAGAUGUGUUGAAUUUUGAUAUAUAGUUUAAUAUAAGCAAUAAAUGUACAAGGUAGUCCUCAUCACCACUUAUAAACCAAUUUACUGUA